GCGAGCUACUUUCGGACGAGAAAAGUGAGGACAGCCCUGGGUGACAGCGUUGCGGGGCCAGUUCCAGGCAAGCCGCGCGACUACUCGCUUCUCGUCCGCCGCGCUCCCAGCCAGGGGCACAGCCCGGACCGAGGAUGGCUUCGACGACAACCUGCACUAGGUUCACGGACGAGUAUCAGCUUUUCGAGGAGCUCGGAAAGGGGGCAUUCUCAGUGGUGAGAAGAUGUAUGAAAAUUCCUACUGGCCAAGAAUAUGCUGCCAAAAUUAUCAACACCAAAAAGCUUUCUGCUAGGGAUCAUCAGAAACUGGAAAGGGAAGCUCGAAUCUGCCGUCUUCUGAAGCAUCCCAAUAUUGUGCGACUUCAUGACAGCAUAUCUGAGGAGGGCUUCCACUACUUGGUGUUUGAUUUAGUGACUGGAGGUGAACUAUUUGAAGACAUAGUGGCGAGAGAAUAUUACAGUGAAGCUGAUGCCAGUCAUUGCAUUCAGCAGAUCCUGGAGGCUGUGCUACACUGCCAUCAGAUGGGCGUAGUCCAUCGCGACCUGAAGCCUGAGAAUUUGCUUUUAGCUAGCAAAUCCAAGGGAGCAGCUGUGAAACUGGCAGACUUUGGAUUGGCCAUAGAAGUUCAAGGAGACCAGCAGGCGUGGUUUGGUUUUGCUGGCACACCUGGAUACCUUUCUCCAGAAGUUUUACGUAAAGAUCCUUAUGGAAAGCCAGUGGAUAUGUGGGCAUGUGGUGUCAUUCUCUAUAUUCUACUGGUGGGUUAUCCACCCUUCUGGGAUGAAGACCAGCACAGACUCUAUCAGCAGAUCAAGGCUGGAGCUUAUGAUUUUCCAUCACCAGAGUGGGACACCGUGACUCCUGAAGCCAAAGACCUCAUCAAUAAAAUGCUUACUAUUAACCCUGCCAAACGUAUCACAGCCUCGGAGGCACUGAAACAUCCAUGGAUCUGUCAACGUUCUACUGUUGCUUCCAUGAUGCACAGACAGGAAACUGUAGACUGCUUGAAGAAAUUUAAUGCUAGAAGAAAACUAAAAGGUGCCAUCUUGACAACUAUGCUGGCCACAAGGAAUUUUUCAGCAGCCAAGAGUUUGUUGAAGAAACCAGAUGGAGUAAAGAUAAACAACAAAGCCAACGUGGUAACCAGCCCCAAAGAAAAUAUUCCUACCCCGGCGCUGGAGCCCCAAACUACUGUAAUCCACAACCCUGAUGGAAACAAGGAGUCAACUGAGAGUUCAAAUACAACAAUUGAGGAUGAGGAUGUGAAAGCACGAAAGCAAGAGAUUAUCAAAGUCACUGAACAACUGAUCGAAGCUAUCAACAAUGGGGACUUUGAAGCCUAUACAAAAAUCUGUGACCCAGGCCUUACUGCUUUUGAACCUGAAGCACUGGGUAAUUUAGUGGAAGGGAUGGACUUUCAUCGAUUCUACUUUGAAAAUGCUUUGUCCAAAAGCAAUAAACCAAUCCACACCAUUAUCCUGAAUCCCCAUGUACAUCUGGUAGGCGAUGAUGCUGCCUGCAUAGCAUAUAUUAGGCUCACACAGUACAUGGAUGGCAGUGGAAUGCCAAAGACAAUGCAAUCAGAAGAGACCCGGGUCUGGCACCGCCGGGAUGGAAAAUGGCAGAAUGUUCAUUUUCAUCGCUCGGGUUCUCCAACAGUACCCAUCAAGCCAUCCUGUAUUCCAAAUGGGAAAGAAAACUUCUCAGGAAGCACCUCUUUGUGGCAAAACAUCUAAGGGCUGAAAACCAUUCUCAUAUGGGUCUUCUAAAAAUCAACAGUGCCACGUCUGCAUUCUCUGUUCUCAAAGCACCUGGAUGGUAACCUGGACCGUCUCCUCCUCUUCAUGCAUGUUUCUGAGUGCAUGAAGUUGUGAAGGUCCCACAUGUAAUGCAUAUGUGAUGUCAUAUAUUCCUUCCUAAACAUUGUUUACACUUCACCUACAGGAAUGUUCCAUGUAAACUUAAAUUACUGUUGGCAAAUAAUAGGGGAAGGUUAGACAAAAAAAGUUCCACAAUAUUCAAGUACAAUCUAUCCAUCAGGUUUCUCUGUUUAUGCCAAGAUUUAACAGACUUCAACAUUAUUGUUCUCUAAAUGACAAUUUGUAAAAGAAAUGUAAAUUUUUUAGGACUCUUUGCUGUUAAUCUGUUUUGGCUUGUUUGUUUAAACAAAAAAGGCAAAAAAUUCCUUAUGUUUCCUGAUAUUAUCCUAAUUGAGAUGAAUGAUUUUUCACGGAAAGCUUUGUUGCUGUUUAACUAUUAAAGUAGUUUGAUAUGUGGACAAAAUCACCUGUGAAUGUGGAAGCAAGAAUCACUUGGUUUGGCACCAUCUAAAGCCAUUUAGUUUUUGAUCAAACUGUGUAAACUGGAAGCAGUCACAUUAUUUACUACUUUAAUCACUUUUGCGUACACUCACACUGUGCUGGUGAAUUUGCUGAAUUGAAUGUUUUAUUCCUUUUUCAAAUCUAUGCCCUUUUUUUUUUCAUUUUAUCCUCUUUUGAUGUUCAUUUUAUCCUAUUUCUUUGGUUCAUUUGCUUUUUUUAAUUUUUCUUUUAUUUUUUGGUGGUUGUCCUUUUACUCAUUUUUUUUUUUCUUUUUAGGCUAGUAGUAUGUGAGAAAAGAGUAAAAGUGAAAUUUGCAUAUCCAAGGUAAAAUAAAAAUUGAGGUCUUUUGGAGGUAGUUAAACUAGCACUUUUGAUCUUUUUCAGGGCUCAUAAAAAUAUUGUCAAGGAAAUUUCAAAGUUUUUUUAAUUCUGCAUAGAGCUCUAGUUUGGACUUAAGUAUCCUAACUAUGUGGAAGUAUACAAAUUGUUUAAAACUUGUGGUAAGAGUAAGUUCCUACUGUAAUUGCAAUAUUUCUUACAGCAAUUGCCCGGAGAAUACCAAACUUAUAGCAGAAUAGAGUUUUGUGCAAAUGUGCUUAAUUUCUGCAUUAUGAAAUACUUGGGGCCCUCCUGCACCAUUUCUAGCUAGUUUUCUAAGGUUAGAGAGGCCUGCAGUUGUUUUUCCUUCUCAUAAGUGUUUUGAACUUGUUCUUUGUGACUUGUGCUGUUUUUGCUUCUUUCUUGUGUCAGAUUAACAUUAUCUUCCUGCAAAGAAUUAGGAUUUGCCAGUUUGAAACAAAAAGAAAAAAGAAAUGUCCCGGGUUUGCUCUGUGCUUCUCAUGUCUCCUUUGUUUAUUCAAUCUCUAUGAAGCAUUUUUCUCUUCUCUGAAAUACUUUAUAGUGCAUGGUAUCUUCAUCAGCGUUAUUUAAUGGUAGUAAUUCACAACCUUCAGGAGCCUACUUUUAAAGCAGAAGCAAAAAAUAAAAAUGAAACAACAAAAAACAAUCCUCCCUCUUUUCUCUCAUUUCACCUUUCUGUGUUGAUUACUAAUCACCUUAGAUGUUGUUGCUAGUGGAUGUAUGGUAGAUGGAUUGAAGCUUUUCUGAUAAUUAUUACACAAUUUAAAACAAUAUAUAUUUAAAAUAAAUAUAUACAGUAAAUGUUUUGAGCCAUGUUAACCUGCCAAUGAGAUCUGUGAAAAAGUAAUGGCCUCAUUUUUCCUUUUUAAAAGUUUCUUUUAUCUUUUUGUGAAACAGCUAUAUGUGGCAUACAUGUAUUUAAAAAAAAAAAAAUAGGUGUAGAGUGAUUCUGUUUGUUUUUUUUUUUACGCUUUUAACUUAGCAUGUGGUGUUGAAGUAUUACUGUAGAUCAAGUUUGUCUUCCACACGAAGAUGUGAGGAAAUUGUGAUUUCUUCUUACCACCACAAUCAAAUUACACAUUUAUUAUCUUCUAUCAUUUUGAAACACUGCAGUUUACCAUGGGACACUGUAUAUAUUUCUUGCCAUAAUGGUAAAUGAUUGAUUGAUAUAUUUAAGAGUUAAUAAAUUUGUGAUUUCUGCUGA